GUUCGACUGAAUGUUUGUAUACGCAUGCAAUAUAGGCCGAUGCAUUCUUGCGUUUUAAGACAUAGUGGUCAAACUGGUUGUCUGGCCCGUCACGUAGUGUGACGCACGAGUAUCAAUGGCAGAAGGUCGAGAAGAUGCUUCUGAAAUACAUCACACAUUGGUCAAGAGCAGGAGUCUCAGGUGAGUGCAUGUAAUGCAAGUAAACCUAUGUUGUAAUUGUAGAGUAGAAUGUCACUUGUGGUUAUAAUAUUAAAACUUUUACAAGUUGGUUUCGUUUUCUGUUCGAAAACUGAGGAGGAUGUUUGCUUUUAUCAUUUUAGUCCGGUGAGAAGAACUGGAGAAAUAGCUAGCUUCAUAUUGUUUAUAAAUGUUUCCGUUACGAACUACAAUUCAGAAGAAAAUGUGUUACUAAAUUCCCACUUACAACCUGGAGGCUACCACUCGUUUUUAUCCGUUUCUUUAAUGUCGCAAAAAAUCAGUACAAAUGAAGAGUUUGGUUGCAAAAUGAGAUAACUCCGUUUUUAAAAAUGUUAAAAAAUCAUGCUUUUAUUAUGUUAUGUUUUAUUUUAGUUAUUAUUGCAUAAAUCAAAAGAAACCAACAGCAGUUUGAUUGAUAUUAAUUGGAAUGCACAAUAAAAAAUAUGAUUUAUAGUUAUCUCAUUUUGGAACCAAACUCUUCAAAUAUACGUCUUGUAAAAAUGUGGCGAUUGAUAAACAGGUUUCUGGAACAUGCUUUCUUUUUUAGCGUCAAUUUUAUAGUAAUGUUUUGCUAAACUACUCAAGUUUGUGCAUGCAAAUGUUCAAUUCUUUCAAAUCUUCUAAAAUUCUUUUUGAUGCACAUCAAACUUCUAGUAGAUUUUCCUUGGUAGGACAGAAGUGUUUACUUUUGCUAUACAUUUUGUUUGCUGUCCCUGCUGAAAACAGAAUGCACAACAGGAAUUCUGAUAGAUUUAAUUAUUAUAAUGGGAAUUGUAUAAUGGAAACUGGUCUCUGUGGGUCUCUAAUGUGUGUUGAGUUCUCUUGCUUAGAUGUCACUAGCGGAUGGGAACCAACACGAUAACAUUAAAUCCUGUUGGAAUAAAACCCAAAACACACUGCAUAAGAUAAUUUUGUGAUGAUGUAAUGAUUUUAAUGGUAAAUACCUGAGGGUUCAUAAUGGUAUCUGUAAUGGAAUUUGUAUUGUUUUUUUUUAGCAGGGGUGGCCUUACAUGUCUAUGUGGAAGAGCUACCAAGUGCUGCUAAAAAAGGAUAUUCAAAGCCAAUUAGCUUAAUGACGUUAAGCCUCCUCAAUGAAGGAUGUUACCUCUACAUAUUGUGCUCUAGUGUACAAUGACAGUAAAUCUUUAACAGAGCUUAUCGACACAUCAAGCUCAGCUAAUAAGUGCACAAGAGAACAUUGUCAAAAUGGAACCCCACGGGUCUUCAGCGGACCACAACCCAUCACAGAUGAGUGGUGUGGAGAAGACAUCUGGCGGCUGGUAUAAGCCCACUCAUUCCAGAAGCAGCAGCACGGCAUCAUCGCGCCACUCACGUCUGAACAUAAAACAUUGGGAGGUGAUGGAUGACUUUCCAGAUAUGAAUCUCAUCGGAGAGAGCAUGCAGGAUUCAAAUCCUCGGGGAAUUUGUGAAGGCUACCUGAUGAAGAGGAGAAAGUGGCCUCUGAAAGGAUGGCAUAAGAGAUACUUUUACCUGGAUAAAGGGACCCUACGAUAUUCUAAAAACCAGUAUGAUUUUUCCAAAGGGAAGAUGCAUGGUUCAAUGGAUGUCAGUCUUGCAGUUAUGUCAGUAAACAAAAAAGCAGGACGCAUAGAUCUGGAUGCUGGAGACAAUCUCUAUCACAUGAAAGCCAAAAGUCAGGAGUUAUAUUAUAUAUGGGUCACCAAGCUGAGUGCCCACAGAAUGUAUAAGAAGAACGAGGCUGCACACGUUCACAAUGGCUUUCUACAGGCCCUGACCCAAAGUAGCCAUUUAUCUCAGAAAAACAGUGCCAUGCCGGACAUGAGCACGUCUGCAUCUUACUUGGGUGAAACUCAGAGAGCGAAUCUGCCUUGCAUUAAUCCUGUUGUCAAUGGAAAAGUGUCAGCCUGGCUCCAGACCCAAGAGCCUGACGUCUGCGGCCAAGAGCUUAACCGUUGUCAACUGGAGCUGAAUGAACUUCAUCGGCUGGUUCAGAAGCUGCACUCUCUUGAGUCAGGCCAAGCAGUGAAUAACAAAGACCUUCAAAGGAUUAUAAGCAUGCAGAAUCUUUCUCUAGACAAGCCCAAGAAGAAGCCUGGCAAGAUCUGGGGUCACUCUCGCACGCUCUCUCGAGUUGAAGCUCUUGGAAUGCCAUUUCGUGGGAUUACUAAAUCGUUAUCAUCAAGCCACCUAAACAGCUCUUCCCACCUGGGAACCUCUGUGCCCUCCAUCCCAGAUUACGUAACCACCCAGCUGACCCCACAUGUCCCCACAGUCCCCACCUCAACAGAAGGCAAGAAGCUUCAUCAGGAUAUUUGCUCCAUUACCUUGAAAGUUCAUGCCUCUCUUCGUUCUGCACACGAGGCUCUUGCUCAGGAGCGCCAGCGGCUGAAGGACACCUGGUCCAGCAGAGAGCUCCACCAGACCACAUCUGCUCAGAUCAACAACCUCUGCAGCCUGGCUGAGUUAGAUGUUAAUUCCCGUCACACCAAAAUCCACAAAUUGUCAGUGUCCUCUGAAUCUUCUGAAGACUCCUACCGCACUGUGCUACAAAGGAAGUUUGGUUCAGUCCGCAGUUCUGCACCGUCAGUUGCUGACUCGGCAGCGGAGUAUUUUGAUGCAUGUGAUGAGCUCGUGGGCGUGAGCUCUUCUGAGAUGUCCGAUGAGUCCGGUCUGAGUGACGGGUCCAGUAAUUCAGAACCUGAUGAGGCUCAUGCAAUCGCUUCACGCAAGUACCGUGCCAGUCUCUCAAAGGCGCCACCUAAACUCAACACCAUCAAAUGUACCGGACGGCGUACUAGUUUGCCUGCGGUCUGUCCUGACAACAGUCACGUUGGCUUGAUGACCAUCCUCUACAACAACAUAGGGAAGGACCUGUCCCACGUCUCCAUGCCGGCAGCUCUGAAUGAACCCGUAUGUCUCUUGCAGAGACUCUGUGAGGAACUGGAAUACUCUGAGCUUCUGGACACAGCCAACCAUACUGAUGACCCCUAUCAGAGAAUGGUUUAUAUUGCUGCUUUUGCCAUAUCUGGGUAUGCCACAGCUCAAUAUCGCAAUCGCUACAAACCCUUCAAUCCUGUCCUGGGAGAGACAUUUGAGUGUAACAGAGAGGACCGUGGCUUCCGUUACCUUAGCGAGCAGGUUUCACAUCAUCCCCCCAUAUCGGCUUGUCACGCAGAUUCGAACAAUUUCAGCUUCUGGCAGGACCAGAGAUGGAAGAACAAGUUUUGGGGCAAGUCUUUGGAGAUCAUGCCAACUGGGAUGGUGAAUGUGACUUUAAAAAAGUACGGGGACCACUACGAAUGGAACAAAGUGGUGACAUGCAUCCACAAUGUCCUCAGUCAGCAGCGAUACCUCGAGCACUAUGGUGAGGUCAUCAUCCGCAACCUGAAAAGUUCAGUCUGCACCUGUAAGAUCACAUUUGUCAAGUCUCGUUACUGGGGUUCAGAUGGAUCCAAAAAUGAAGUGCAGGGUCAAGUUCUUGAUGAGACUGGUAAGGUCAUUCAUCGAUUUGGUGGAUUUUGGCACGAAGGGAUCUUCUGUGACACCCUGCCCAACCCACAGUGUAUCUGGAAGCCAAAUCCACAGCCCAAGAACUACAUGCUUUACUACGGCUUCUCCAGCUUUGCUAUGGAAAUGAAUGAGCUGACCCAUGAACUUAAGCCUCUGCUGCCCCCUACAGAUACACGUUUACGCCCAGACCAAAGAUUACUUGAAGAAGGAAAAUUAGAUGAGACUGACAAAAGGAAGGAUGAGGUGGAGGAAAAGCAAAGAGAAAGGAGGAAGAUUCUGGCCAAGAAAGGAGAGGAACACAUUCCUCGCUUCUUCAGGAAAACCUUAGAUGCUUCUGGAAGGGAAGUGUGGUUGUACAAUGGAACUUAUUGGAAGAUCAGGGAGAAUCCAGGAUUUUCCAAUGUAAAGAACUUGGAAUUGUGGUAAAGGUAGAUUGCUGCACACCGGGGACAUCCAUGUGAUGAAUUCAGCUUGCACUGGAUUUAAAAAAAGCGGUGUUAAUUUGAAGCUAUUGGGUGCACGGAUGAAUUGCUCUGGGAUUUUUCCACUGAGCAAGGACGGUGCUUUUACCCGACAGGAAUGGGAUACAUUUCUAAUUGUUGGUUGAGGACAUAAACUCUUGUGGACAGUGUGACCUUGUCUUCCGCUUCGGAUAAAAUAUAAGGCCGGAUUACAAACUAUCAGGUGAACGGCAGAUGUACUUGAGCUCUGAAAAUGUUUGGUUUUAACCACCUGUUGUGUGCGCACAUUUCUAUGAACUACGCUAAAUGGCUUUUCCGUUCAGAAAAGCACUUGUGUGACAAUGGAGACAAUCGUAAGAGUUUUUCUCAGUGGAGUCCGAAUGAAGACCAAAAACAAGAAGACCAAGAUCAAGAACUAUGCUUGCUAACUAUUUUUUUUAAACAUAAGAUUUACUCUUGGUGAACUUUCUAAUGGGUCUGUUAUUUCUUCUGUUAGAGUCACGGCUCAACCUGAGCAGGAUUGUGCAGUAAAUGGAUUAAUUCUAAUUCUGGUCCUCAUUGACUUACACUGAAGGAGAGGUGAGAUGUAUCCUCUGCCCUCCUGUAUUUUAUUUCGUAAAGCAAGUGUCAUUAUAUUUUUAGGCCAUGUUUGUUGAUAAGUGAAUUUAGCUUACAGUUAAAGUCUUACAUGAAAGUUGGUUUUUUGGAAACAACGCUUCUGUGUACGCUUGGCCAAAAUACUUUUUAAAAACCUUCGCAGUAUACAAAUGUACAAUUAAUAAUAAAAGUCACGAGCUGCAUUGCGAAUUACAAUGGCAAAAACGAGAGAAAAUGCAAACUUAAUUUAGUAUAGUUUCAUCUUUAUUACAUUAAGAAUAAAUCAAAAACAUCAUUUAUUAAUAUAUACAUUAUUUUGGCAGCGUUCUGCCGUAUCUGAGGCUCAGUGUGCUUGAGGAAAUACAUGUUUAUUUGACACCUAUUUAAUUAUUAACAUUUGUCGCUAUUAACUCAACAGAAAAAUACACAAACAUCAGUUGGUGCCAUUGAGAACAUACUAUAAAUAGGUUCCAUGAAAGACCUGAUAUUGACACUUGAAGAUAUCAGGAGCAUAAUGUCCACCAGGGGUCAGCCGAAACAUAGAUUCAUUACUAAUAAGACCACAUCAGAAAAUUUGCUUUAAGUGCACACCAACAGUAAUAAAAGUUUUAGUGCAAGUGUUAAAAAACAAAACAAAAAGUAACUGUACAGCAACAUGAAUUACACACCUUUUAAAUUAACAUAGAAACACUGUUUAAUUGCACUUUAAAUUUCAAAUGGUCUGCGAUUGUUUUAUUUCUCUUGUAACCGCAUUGUUUUUAUUUGUCACUUUAAACGCUAAUAUCUAAAUGGACUAAACCCAUUAACAAAUAAUUCUUACAAAUGACACAGAAUAUUAAACCAGUGUCUUUUACCUGUUUGUCGGCAUAAAUAAUUAUUGGCACGUAUUACUGAUAUCUGUUCAUGGCUUUUGAAUCCAGUGAUGGCAUUGUAAAAUAAUGCCUCUAGAUCUAUUUACUCUCUUUUUUCGUUUGGUUUUGCAUCACACGCAUAAAAGACAGAGGCAGUUAGAGUCUGUUUGCUGACUUUUUAAAAAGCUGUGACCACAGAAUAUAGAUGUCAUGUUGGUUUUCGCAGCACGUUACAAUUUCUCGGAAACGAACAAAAAUAACAUAAUGCAAACUUAUCAUUUUAAAUUUGAUAUAUUUAUUGUGAUGAAGAAGGUUUAAAAGGGGGGAACUGGUUGGUUUAGCUUUACACCCUCAAUUUAUUUGUCACCCCUUGCCUUUGUGUAUGUCAGGGUAUACAUUGCGUGUGUGUCAUAUGGAAGACGCAGGAAACUUCAGUACAUGUACGAUUAUGAUGUUUGGCGGGGACUUGUGGGCUUCUGCUGUGGCGUUUUGUCACCCACUUAUCUAUCUGAGGUCAUUCUCACCUCUGAACGCCAGCCGUUCCUGAUAGGCUCAGACUAAAGGCUUUUUCUUCCUCUGUGUCAUUGACGUCUAUGUGUGGGCUGUUUGCAUGUUACUCCGUCGUUUGAAUAAAGAUGAUGUAUAGUCAGUCUGAAGCCCCUACCAGGUGUCCAUUUUUCCACCCUGUCUGUCUGCAUGCUGUCAUGCGCGACGCCUUGAGGCGUGAUGCUGUUGCUUUAAGUUUGUCCCGGUUACAGGUCGGAUCAGAUUGAGAGUUAAUCAAACUCACCCUGACUUUAACUAAUCGAGACCUUGGGAUUACAAGGCUUUGCCUAAAACAAGCACCUUACGAGUAGCCAGUUUUACUUCUUGAUGGUACAACAAUGAAGUUGC